CUCUUCCGGUUCGGCGCAGGAAGUGCCGGUCGCGGUUGGAAACGCGGCCGGGGCGGGAGGUUGGAGGCAGGGGACAGAUGGGCCGCAGGAAGUCAAAGCGGAAGCCCCCACCCAAGAAGAAGAUGACGGGCACCCUGGAGACGCAGUUCACCUGCCCCUUCUGUAACCACGAGAAGUCCUGUGAUGUCAAAAUGGACCGGGCUCGGAACACUGGCGUAAUCUCAUGUACUGUGUGUCUGGAGGAAUUUCAGACUCCCAUAACGUAUCUUUCAGAACCGGUGGACGUGUACAGUGAUUGGAUAGAUGCUUGUGAGGCGGCCAAUCAGUAGCAGCAACUGGGCGGGAAGCUCAUUUGUGCUAAUUCUGGAUAUUACAGUAUUUUGUAUGUGGAAAAAAAUGUGCUAGUUCCAUACCACGAGACAAUUGGGGGCUUGGGAGAAGGUGGCUGGGUUUUUUAUUAGCUUUUCCAUUCAAGGAUCUUUUUAUAGCUGCUGUUCCUUUUUGUGAAUGACCCUGAGGCCAAUUUAGACCCAGGCACAUUUCAUCAGUGUAACGCUGUUCAGGGACAAUUUGGAAAUGCUGCUCUAGUUAAGGGGGGCGGCGGAGGAGAGGAGCAUUUUGUUUUGCUCAGCCCAGCAGUUUGAAAGUUCACACGAUAAGAAACGACUUGUCACCGUGAUUAAAUGGCAACAGUUAAUAAAAAAAAAAAGUCCGUCACUACUCCUCGUCUGGCCAAGCGGUGUCGUUUUGCAACGCUGGCUGGGUCCCUGUUGGAAUAGGCUAUAUCUUGCCUUCCACUCUGUUUUGAAUAACAGUUGAAACGGUGAUGCAGAGGCAGUUUUGUCUAGUGGUUAGAGCAGGGCAGCAGGUUGUCUGGAGUCCUGGGUUCUUUUCCUGUGACUUCCACCAGCUUCCGGUGUGAUCCUGGGCAAGUCGCUUCCCCUCUUAGCACCUCAGUUUCUCCCUUUAAAUCCGAGUGAAUAACACUGACCUUUGUAAAGUGCUUUGAGAUCUUUGGACACAAAGUGUGAUAGAAAUGUAAGAUCGUCCCUCCUGCAGUCCCAGUUCUGGAUGUUGGUUUUUGGCUAGCUCUCUCCAACAGACUCAUUGGCACAGAAAAGUCCCCAUCCGACACAUUUAACUUUGACUUACCUAAACGGGGGCACUGCUGUACUUGAUUUACAUUCUCCAGUGCUGGGUAAACUGGUUUGACUGAGCCAUUUGUCAGAAAACAGGACGAUCACGGACACAGAUGACUGCUUUUCUCAGACAGGUCCCCCUGCAGCAGUAGGCCCAGAUUUGCUCAUUUGUCUCUUAAGCAAAAUACAGCAAAACUUCAGUACUGGAGGGUGGGAAGUGAGUCAGGCUGCAGUGUUGGAGAACUGGGGGAGAUCCUGGGGCGGGGGAUGAGGGGAAGGGAGACAGGCGUCUAUGGCACGGAAGGCUGAGGAUCAGAUAAUAGCUUUUGUUACUACGCUUUCUUGAGUCUGGUCAUGGUGUCAAAUGUGUUUUACCUUCUGAACGUCCAAACGCUAGACUGAGCAAACCCUCUGCUGCUUCGGCUUGCAGAUCGGUUUGGUGGUCACUGCUCUGAUUUAUUUUUGGGAGAACUUCCCUCUCUCUUAGAUUCAAAACGUUCGCCUGUGUUCUGAUGCCGCAGUUACUCAGGGGCUCGCAAGAGGCAAUCGCUCAGCCGUUGGCGCCACUGAGUUUUAAGGUGGUGGCAGAUCCCUGGCUGAACUGAUUUGGGGCCUGGAGUGAAUGGGCAGAGGAUUGUUUGCAAGGGGGCAUGUGAAUCGGAGUGAGAGAAGGGAUGGGAGGAUGGGCUAAAUUAGCCACCUUGGCCUCCCUUGGCUUUUACCUGCUGCUUUUAACUUGAGGAAGUUCUUACUGUAUGAAGAAGUUUCCUUGGAUCUUCCUGGAUGGUACCAGCAGCGCCUGGAGCUCCUUCCUGGACACUGAUUGAUUUACAAGCCCCUGUCAUGGGAAGCUGCAUGGGCUGGGGAUUAGCUGUUUUGAAUUCCAGGCUGGGUUUGGACACCUUUCCCUGUCUGUGGGUGCAAAGAACGGUGUAGCAAGCGGCUGUCCUGGGUUCGUUUGGGGUUUGUUUUGGGAGGGGGGCUCUUUAGAAAUUGUUUGCAGUGGUAGAAUGUCCUGUUAAUAAAUGCCAUUAUGGGGGGAA